CGAAAGCCACUUGGGCUGAGACAUUCGGGGAGGGAGGUGAGGGUGGGCUUGCUUCUUUGCGGUUCCGAGCUAAGCACGGACAGAGAGAAAAGUGUGGAGUGUGAGCCCAGGCCGUUGCCUGGAGGCUCCUUUCCGCUCCCCCUUCUCGGCCCGCCAAGUUUGUUUGGAUUUAAUCUUCAGGUUGCAGGCGCCCGCCCGCUCGCCCUCUGGCCUCGCGGGGGUGAGAGGGAAGCACCCGUGCAAGUGCCUGGCGCCUGGUGGGGGGGGGGGUUCCCGACACCCGCCCGUCCGCGCCGCUUGCCCGCGGCAGCCAGGUCCCUGAACCGCGGGGUCGUGUUUGUGUUUGACCCGCGGGCGCUGGCGGCGUGGCACGCGUCUGAGGCCGGUGCCGUCGGGGCGGGCGCGGCGGAGGCGGAGGAAGACGGAGCGGGAGCCCUGGAAAGCUAGGCGCCGCCAUGGAACUGGGUCCGGAGCACCCGCACCGCCGCCGCCUGCUGUUUGCCUGCAGCUCCCCUCCCACGCCGCAGCCCACAGUGAAGGCUCUGUUUGGCGCGCCAGCUGCUGGGGGAUUGUCCCCUGUCACUAACCUGACCGUCACCAUGGACCAGCUGCAGGGGCUGGGCAGUGAGUAUGAGCCACCGCUGGAGGUGAGAAACAACAGCAGUCUGCAGAGAAUGGGCUCCUCUGAAUCAACUGACUCAGGUUUCUGUCUGGAUUCUCCUGGGCUAUUGGACAGUAAAGAAAACCUCAAAAAACCCAUGAGGAGAAUAAAUUCCCUGCCUCAGAAGCUCUUGGGAUGUAGUCCAGCUCUGAAGAGGAGCCAUUCUGAUUCUCUUGACCAUGACAUCUUUCAGCUCAUCGACCAGGAUGAAAACAAGGAAAAUGAGGCCUUUGAGUUUAAGAAGCCAGUAAGACCUGCAUCUCGUGGCUGCUUGCACUCUCAUGGACUUGAGGAGAGUAAAGAUCUCUUUACACAGAGGCAGAACUCAGCCCCAGCUCGGAUGCUUUCCUCAAAUGAAAGAGAUACCAGUGAACCAGGGAAUUUUGUUCCUCUUUAUAUGCCCCAGUCACCUGUGACAGCCACUUUGUCUGAUGAGGAUGAUGGCUUCAUGGACCUUCUCGAUGGAGAGAAUCUGAAGAAUGAUGAGGAGACCCCAUCAUGCAUGGCAAGCCUCUGGACAGCACCCCUUGUCAUGAGAAGAACCACAAAUGUUGGCAAUGGAUGUAGGCUGUUUGACUCCCCCUCUCCAUGUAGCUCAAGCACUCGGUCAGUGUUGAAGAGAGCAGAACGAUCUCAAGAGGAAUCUCCACGCGGAAAUAUAAAGCGGAGGAAGAGCAUGGUUGGGACUAGUCCUGGAGAGGCAGCUAAUCAAGAGAAGACCCAGGAGAUACUACACCAGUCUUUAUCCCCAGCAUCUUCCCCAAAAGGGAUCAUUGAGAACAUCUUGGACAAUGACCCAAGGGACCUCAUAGGAGAUUUCUCUAAGGGCUAUCUCUUUCAUACAGUUGCUGGGAAGCAUCAGGAUUUAAAAUACGUUUCUCCAGAAAUUAUAGCAUCUGUUUUGAAUGGGAAGUUUGCCCAUCUCAUUAAAGAGUUUGUUAUCAUUGACUGCCGAUACCCAUAUGAAUAUGAAGGAGGCCACAUCAAGGGUGCAGUGAACUUACACAUGGAAGAAGAGGUUGAAGAGUUCUUACUGAAGAAGCCCAUUGUAUCCACUGAUGACAAGCGUGUCAUUGUUGUGUUUCACUGCGAGUUUUCUUCUGAGAGAGGCCCCCGCAUGUGCCGAUAUGUGAGAGAAAGAGAUCGACUUGGUAACGAAUACCCCAAACUCCAUUACCCUGAACUGUAUGUCCUCAAGGGGGGAUACAAGGAAUUCUUCCUGAAAUGCCAGUCUCACUGUGAGCCCCCCAGCUACCGACCCAUGCACCAUGAGGACUUUAAAGAAGACCUAAAGAAAUUCCGCACCAAAAGCCGGACCUGGGCAGGAGAAAAGAGCAAAAGGGAGAUGUAUAGUCGUCUGAAGAAGCUCUGAUCGCAGUGGUGCCAGACAGCAGCCUGAAGGUCCCUCUUACCCCUCUUUGCUGCAGAAAAAUUUGAGCAAAGAAGCCAACUGUGUGACAUUUGGAGAGAAGGCCCUGGGCUUCCAUGCCUUAAACCUACCUCCCACACUACCGGGUUGGAGCUCAGGGCAUCCUACUGGCUGCACCUCUUAUAUCCUGGAUGGCAUUCUCCUUUCCCAGUAGGACUGUCUGCCAAGUCUGUGCCACAGCCCAGUUCCAAGUUCCAUGUCAAGCUGUUAGGAGUCAGUUGGAUAGAACAGCUGGGGCCUUAUUGAGGGCCUAGAGAAGGCUGGAGGGGAAAGAAGCAACAGAGAAAUGCUGCUGGCCAAAUACCAAAGACAGCCUGGAAGGAAUCAUCUUCGUGGAAUAACCUAUAACUUUAAUUUAUUCAACUUCAUCAAUUAUUUUAUUUUUUUAA